AUGGCAGUCAUCGACGGUCUGCCAGGAGUCAAGGUUUCCAUUCGCCUGAAUGGCUCAGCAGAAGACUGUACCGAAUACGACGACCCCAAAGCUUCCCAAACCACAGCAAGCCGCGGCGCCGCAACUCACUCCAUCUCGAAAGCCAUCGAGAGCCAAGACGAUGCAAAGUUCUCUGUCCACUACGAGUUCAAAGAUGCUCGCCGUUGGAUAAAAGACAACAGAGUACUAGUUGUGGCUAUUUACAUCGACGGGAGGCUUUGUGAAAGUCAGGUAUACGACAAAUCCAAACUCAAAGGCCAGGUUCUUCGAAAGCAUGUGGAGGGAGUCACCGACGUCUCAGCCAAACCCGGGCAGUCCAUUUUCAAGAAUUUCAUGUUUACCAAGAUCAAACAAGUUGAUGAGAGCGGAUCUCGCAUCACCGAGGACCUGGAAGUUGUGAACCAUCUUGGCAAAAUUGAGGUCAUCAUAUACCGUGCCGUCAAACACGGCCGCAAACGUAAAUCGAAGCCAAGCAAUGUGAUGUCGAAGACGGAGCUGGCAGAGAAAGCUAUGAAAGGCAAAAACUUGUCCCAUGGCACGGGUUUCUCGGAGGGACGAAAUGUUCCUAAUCCUCGAAGCGUGACUUGUACAUAUCCUGAUGGGGAACUUCGACUUGCCCGGUUCAUCUUCCGUUACAAGUCCAAGAUGGCUCUCCAAAUUGAGGGGAUUAUCCCUCGUGACCCGUCUCCCGAAUACUCAUCCGAGCCUCAGCCUCGAAACGCCGCAGAUCUUCCCAUGGAAGAGAUUCAGAGACUGGCACAGGAACGUCUCGACCAGCUGGCCAUGGUGAAGCUGGAGAGCAAGGCUGGUGUGAAACGGGAGGCAGACGAUGAUAUCAAACUCCGCAUAUCCAAAGUCUACACGAUGACUUCAGACGGUGCUAUCGAUCUCACCGAAUGA